UCCGGGCCGGGCGCCCCGAAUGGGCCGGGCGGUGCCCGGUGAGACCCGCUCCAGCUCGGCUGCGAACCGGGGGCGGAACGGAAGCCCUGACGGGAAACGCAAGGGUGGGGACCGAAGACCCCGUCGGGUGCACGCUGUGGAGAAUCACGUGACGACCCGGGUCCGCUUUAAAGUUUUACUUCAUCAUUGCACCCCAGACUCUUAGGGCAAUGGAAAAAAGCCUCCACCCGCCCAUUUUUGCUCAGCGAAAAUGUUAUCGCGUGCUAAGUGGUUGUCGCCAUAUAUAGUCAUUAUUAGUUGACGGAAAGGAGAACCAUGCAGACUUUUGGCUGGCGUAGAGUACAUCGUUGGAAGGAAAAACUGUGCCAUUCUAAUAGAGAACGAUCAGUCGAUCAGUCGGAGCCAUGCUGUGCUAAGAGUAAACUUCCCUGCAGCCGGCCUGAGUCAAACAUAUGAAAUUCCUACAUUAACAAUAAAAGAUAAUUCAAAGUAUGGAACCUUUGUUAAUGAGGAAAAAAUGCAGAAUGGCCUUCCCUGCACUUUGAAGACAGGAGACAGAGUUACCUUUGGGGUGUUUGAAAGCAAAUUCAGAGUGGAGUAUGAGCCUUUGGUUGUGUGCUCUUCUUGUUUAGACAUCCCCGGGAAAACUGAUUUAAAUCAAGCUGUAUUACAGCUCGGAGGACUCACUACAAAUAGCUGGACAGAAGAAUGCACUCACCUUGUCAUGGCGUCAGUUAAAGUCACCAUUAAAACUAUAUGUGCCCUCAUAUGUGGAUGUCCAAUUGUAAAGCCAGAAUACUUUUCUGAAUUUCUCAAAGCAGUUGAGUCCAAGAAACAGCCUCCAGAAAUUGAAAGGUUUUACCCACCCAUUGAUGAACCAUCUAUCGGGAAUAAAAGUGUUGAUCUGUCAGGACGACAGGAGAGAAAACAAAUCUUCAAAGGGAAGACAUUUGUAUUUUUAAAUGCCAAACAGCAUAAGAAAUUAAGUUCAGCAGUUGUUUUUGGAGGCGGGGAAGCCAGGCUGAUGGCAGAAGAAAAUGAAGAGGAAGAGAGUUUCUUUUCGGCUCCUGGAACUUGUGUUGUCGACAUAGGAAUAACAAAUACACAGAUCAUAAUUACUGACUCACAGAAAAAAUGGGUUCGUUUGGUAAUGGAUGUGCUUCAAAGACAUGGUCUUAGGUCUAUUCCUGAAGCAGAAAUUGGAUUGGCUGUUAUUUUUAUGACUACAGAAAAUUACUGUAAUCCUCAGGGCCAGCCUUGUACAGAAUUGAAAACAACUACUCCGGGACCAAGCCUUUCCCAAGGCUUGUCAGUCAAUGGAAAAAUAAUGCCAAGUGCUCCGGUGGAUAUGACUGCAUAUGUAACCGACACAGAGUCCGAGCAAGCAGAUACAUGCAAGGAAAUCUCAGGAGCUGUGAGCUGCUGGUCUGGGUUGUAUCACGGAACUCCACUGUUGCAGACUCGACGUCGCUAUAGAUGGCGUGGGACUGAGUGCGGUGGUGUGGCAGAUCCGACUGAGUCUGCUAACUUUCAUUUCCUUAGGUGCCCAAACUAUUUCGCGCUCCUCAUCGUAACCACAUGCAUGUCUUUGAGUGAAAAACCAAAAGAAGUAAAGACAUGUGGAGUGGAACAAAACGUUAGACCGCCUUCACAGGGAACUUGUAGUAAGCAGGAGGUCCCCAAGUCCAGCUCCAAGACUAAUCAUGUGGCACCAAAUUCCCUGGCUAGGGAAAAGAACCCAAACUAUCAGCUUUCACCAGUGAAAGUCCCUGCUGCUAAUAAAAGUAAAGAUUGGACUUCUCAGCAGCAACAGAACUCCAUCAGAAACUACUUCCAGCCAUGCACUAAGAAAAGGGAAAGGGAUGAAGAAAAUCCAGAAAUGUCUUCAUCCAAGUCGUCAAGAAUGGACCUGUCUUGUUCUCUCUUAGAACAAACGCAACCUGCUGCUCCCUCACUUUGGAAAAGCAAGGAACAUCCUUCUCAGAGUGAGCUUGUGGACAGGGAAGCAGGUAGCUCACUUGUGGGUGACAGAGACAUGAAACUCAAUGGGUCGAGUCCUGCCACUAAAUCGUUUCCCACAGAAUGUCUUAGACCAAACAAAAGGAAAGAGGUUGAUUCAGCCAUAGAAGAGGAAGUAUUGGAAGAGCUACUCAAAAGUACAGAGCUGGGGCUGGAAGUUCAAGUGAAAGUUGAGAAACAAGAGGCAGACGUCGGUGUCAGAAAAAAGCCAAGGAUGGAUGUAGGAAGGAGCAGUCACCUUAGUGGUGACACGGUGCCAGGAAGCAGCAGAGUAAGUCAAGAAGAUGAACCAGAAAAGAAAGUUGAAGUCAAGAAGGAAUUACUGUGGUCGACAAAAGACGAAAUAGCCAACAGUGAUGAACUCCCAGACAGCAGUGAGCUGCUUCCGAGAAAAGUGCUGCUGACGGAAUUUAGGUCGCUGGUGGUUAAUAACUCCACUUCCCAAAGUCUGUCCAUGCUAAAUGAUUGUGGUCAGCUGAAGAAUUUUAAGAAAUUCAAGAAGGUCCUGUUUCCUGGAGCAGGGAGACUUCCACACAUCAUCGGAGGAUCAGAUCUGAUCGCUCACCACACUCGCAAGAAUAAGGAGUUAGAGGAGUGGCUGAGACACGAGAUGGAGGUGCAGAGGCAACAAGCGAAAGAAGAGGCUCUGGCGGACGAUCUGUUUAGAUAUAAUCCUAAUGUAAAAAGAAGAUAAUUGAACUUUGUAAAGGAAGCUGUAGAAACACAUUUCUUAGCAAACAUUUAUUUCAGGCCAGCUGGGAUACAUGAAUGUAAUACAUAUAAAUUACUGAUAUUUUAAGGUUUCAACUUACUAAAUAAACCGAACAAAUUCCA